AAAAAAAAAAUCUUGAAAUCCAACAGCCAGCGGAGAAUAAGGUUCGGGGAUUUAGUCUCGAAUAAAAGCUGAACUCGUCCUCUUCAUAACUUUGAAGAAAAAAAGUUUUUUAAAAAUAGGAUCAUUGAUUCGGUGUUUUUGUUGAAGAAUAAAAAAGAGAGGAGACAGGAUGAAGAAAAGAAGAUAUUUAGACUUAAUGGUGCAGAAUCGUCAUCUUUCACAGUAUUCACCUGACGAUAAAACACGCCAGAAUUUGCAACGUUUACGACAUUCAGCCCCCCUUACCAGAAACCGGGCCCCUCUACACCAAGAUGUCGUAAUUGAUAACCAGUCUGGAAUUUCUCCCUCAGCGUCAACCGAAGAAUCCCAGCCCCAGUGUGAAGAAAAAACCCUCCGCAAAAGACGUCAAAAUACGGAAAUGCCGUGCCGCUGUAAGAGCGUAGGGGAAGGCAGUGUAUUACGUGUUUCACCAAUUAGUCCCUGUCUCAUAACUCAAUCCGGAACCAUUCAUCGGAAAUCUUCCAACGCUCCCCCAAAGCAAGACCCACAAGUGUCUGACCAUCCCAUGAAGUCUUCAACUGGCACCCUGAAGAAUAGUCCGGAUGUAUUUGACCAUCACAGAAAGCCUUCGACCGCUACCCCAAAGCCUAACCGCUCGGCGUGUGACCUUUAUAAAAGGUCACCGUCUCUUACUCCCAAAUAUGACAUUGCUGUGUUUGACCAUCUAAAGUCCAGCUUACAAGAAAGGCAUAAAACUAUUGUCAAGAGAAACAAACCGAGAUCUUCCUCCAAAUCGCAACCUGAAGAAGAGAAACAUGAAGAGGUUUUCAAAGACAAGAAGUCGCUGAAACUACGGUUCAAAAUGGCCGCCAAAUGUGUUUUAGUCCUGAUUCGUUGGUUAAAUGCAAUCAUUGACAUAAGCGACACGAAAACCACCAGAACAGCGACGGAAGAGAGAUGGUACACACUAUAUACCAGUCAGGAGGCCAGGAGACUUGCAUUCAAUAAAAUGGUCUACUCCAAGGAAAGGGCUUUUGCAAAAGUACCUAAGUGGGCCUCGGAUAUAUUUGAGAGUGAUCCCGAUUCAAGAAGCGAACAAGAUUGUAGGCGGAUCCACGCCUUGCUGAGAGGUCUCAAAAGCUUUGAUAAAUUUACGGAGCGGAUCCAACUCUACAUGUGCCGAGCAUUUCGUUACCAGAGUGUGGAACCCGGAAGAGUCAUUCUGAGACGUGGGCAUGUAGGAAUCAACUUUUACUUUAUAUAUUCCGGUUCCGUGUUCGUUAACGUCGAAGAAGUGAAUACCAGAGGUGAACACUUUGAGAAAACAGAAACAGUGCUAGUCAGGGGAGAUUCUUUUGGAGAACUUGCAUUACUACAAGACAUACGACGGACUGCCACAAUCACGUGUCGAGAAACGUGCGAAAUUCUGGUGGUCGACAAGGAGACGUUUGCCAAAGUUUGUCCAAGCAUUUUUCAGGAGGAAUUAGAAGAAAAAGAAAAAUUUCUUUCGAAACUUAAUCUGUUCAGUCCUAAGUUUUGGACCAAAGAAAUGCUGAAAACCUUGUGUAACGAGGCCCAGAUUCAAGAGUACAAAACGAACAAAGUUGUGGCAACUGACAGGAGUGACGAAGAAUGGAUAUAUAUCUGUAUGCAGGGCAAAGGCCAAGUUGUCAGACGUCUGUUAUUGGACGGCCCCUCUACGUCAAAACGUCAGAGAAUCAAGUCAACUAGAACCAGCAGUCGACACAAAUCCACGGAAGUUCUUGUAAACCUGUUGGAUGACGAGCCCGACUCUCAAAGUAGCAGUGUAACAUCAGAAGAGUCUGAUGACGAAGAAAGCAAAGAGAAGAUGUUAGAAUCCAUGUCCCUGGAAUAUCGCAAAGAUGGACGGAGAGCAAGUUUUCUAACACACUUGAAAUGGGAGGCGGAAAUACAGAGGAGAAAGGCAAUGAAAACACCACACAGAGAUGAUUCCCAUAAAAAGAAACAGGAAAUGCUGUUUACGGGACCAAUGACCCUGACCUCGCUUAUGUCCAAGGACAAAGAAAACAAAGCAUCGGACCAUAUCUACCUUCAAUUAGACAGUCUAUUCAAAGAGGAUGUUUUUGAUAUGUAUUCCAUUAUGCAUAACGUGGCGUCACCACCCGAUAGUGACGUAUUACUAGUCAGUGGAGGGGGUCGAUUUCUUCGAAUCAAGAAAAAGAACUUUUUUCAUGUCUGCUCCAGGGAAGGUUUGGAUCACGCCAGAAGAAUAGCUACGUCUGUCAGAUACCCUACAGAUAAUCAACUUCUCGCGGCAUACACAGAGAAGUUCCACUGGGAUCACUACAAACAUUUAGUGGUGGACCACGUGAUCAGGGGUCACGUGGAGCGGAAGACACGCUUCAAGAACAGUCCGCAGAUACAGGCGUCCAUCAUAAGCUACCAGAGACAGAAAACGCUGGAUCUCAUUAAUACUCUGAAAGCCCAUUCUCAUUAAAUGGCCAAUAUUGUAGAAAUUCUCACCGUGACAUUUUUAUUGUUUUAGUCUCGACAAAGAAGAAAAGAUGUAAUGUGAAAUAAAAGUAGCUUGCUUUAUACUUUGAAAAUAACGUUUUUAAAACAAGAUGAAUGCCUAUAAAAAAGUCGUUGUUUUUCAUAUGUUCCCUGACUCUUAAGAUAGAGUUACUUCUCUUUUAAUCUAUACAUAUAUGACAGUAUGCCAUUCACUUCUACACGACAAUGUAGGCAAUCUUAGAAGAAUUAAGUAUUUUUAGAUAAAAAGGAAUCAACAAUUAUAAAGAAAUUGAAAAUAAGAGCCAUUCUUAGCGGAUAAGAUUACUUUGAUAACUCGCUGAUCAUAUAACGUUGUUAUUCAAAUAUAACAUGCUUUUUUCUGAGGGAGAGAGAUUUAAACUUUUUUCAAGUGAACAUUUUUCUUUGACGUUCUCCUCUGUUACACAUAUAUAUAUUUAUAUAUCGUUAUUCAAGAGUAUAAAUAAACACGAUUAUAGUAUCUUCUUACCUUAUCCCCCAUGCUUUCUGGACGUGAACAAUGCAUUUGACAGGAGAUGAAAUACUAGAUAUAAUUAUAAACAAUCACAAACGCCUAUUAUAAUGCUAUUUUUAACAAAAGCCGCGUAGGUAGUAUUAAUUUCAUUGAUACUUUGAGCAUGGGUUUAAAAUCUUUUUAUGUACAUUUUCACGCAAUUCCUUUAAGAAAUUUGAACUUUGUUCUUUUUUUUUCUCUAGACAAGUCGACUCAGGAAUAAACAGAUGUAGUAGUGUAAUGAAUUCAAUGUUUAUUAUUAAGCAGCAUUUAAAAAAGAGAGGGAAAACCUUCAUGAUUCAGUCUUUUUAAAUUUUCCCCUAUUCUUCAUUUUUAUGUUCUACCUGUACAUGUAACACAAUCAUUAUAAUAAAAAUGAUAUGGAAGAAAGCUGUAAUUAAUGAUUAAGGAUAAACCUAGAUGCAUGAGAAAUUUUACAACUUUACUAUUUGCAAUGGAUGUUUACCAAAUAUAUAUUGUUUUUGUUCUCACCAAAGAAUAUUUCAUGGCAAAAACUAUUAUAUUUUUUGUUAUUAAAGAAUAAUUAUUGUUUUUUAUUUAAGAAAGAAUAUACUUUAUCCAUUGUUUCUUAAAUAGAUCUGAAUUGUUGGUUUUUGAAUUAAAGACAUUUGAAUUAAGAAAAA